AUGUCAUUCCUAUUGCACACUGUCUAUCGCACCAAUCCUAUUUUCAUUCUUUCUAUCUAUCAAUCUAUUUUCAGACCGUCUUUUUCAAUCUAUUUUCAUUCCAUCUACUAUCCUUUUCAUCUCCUAUUUUCUAUCUAUCCAUCUAUCGCCUCUAAUUUUUUUCCAUAUAUCGUCUCAUUUGGAAAUCUUAUUUUCAGACCAUAUCGCCUAAUUCUAUUUUGCAAUUGGUAUCCCUCUAUCUAUCUAUCUAUCUAUCUAUUUUCAGACCAUCUCAACCUCAAUCUAUUUUCAGACCGUCUCUUUUUUUUUCUUUUUUCAAAACCAUCUCAAGCCUUAUCUAUCUAUUUUCAGACCAUCUCACGCCUAUCAAUCCUAAUUCUAUUUCUAUCUAUCUAUCUAUCAAUCCUAUUUCAAACUUUCUAUUUCAAUCCUUUCUUUUCAGACCGCCUCAUUGAAUCAAUCUAUUUUCUAUCUGUCUCACGCCCUUCCCUUUUUUCAAUUCUGUUUCUCAUUCAGCUAUCAAUCGUCUCAAUCGACAUUCUUUCUAUCUUUCAAACCAUCUUUCCCCAAUCUAUCUUUCAGAUCUUGCCUCUUUCUUUCUAUCCCUAUUGA